AUGCUUGGCAUGUUCUUGAAAUGCGGUGAGAACAUUAACCGCGUUUAUGACCUGUAUAGCACCGCCCUACACGCUGCUCUUGCUAAGUAUAUCUUCAACGAUAAAGGGUUCCCGGUAGAGAUGCUAAGUCUUCUACUGCAACGCGGUGCAGGCCUAAACUCGCCUGGACCGGACGGCAAUGCUCUGGAAUACCUCUGGAAGCUCGCAAACACAAGACGUCACAACAAGUUGGGAUAUGCAGGACGAUAUGGACCCCUUAUUCGUGAUCUCAUCGACAGGGAAGCCGUCAACAAACGUGCAGAUCCUAACGGCAGAGUUCCCAGCGCCGAGUUGAUGCUCACACUUUGCACGAAUAUGCCUUUGUUCAAUUGCGGACAAGAGAACUACACGCGCGGAGGAGUCCUACCAUGUGAAAUGAAGGAGUGCGGUGAUGAUUAUCGCUAUGCCUACGAUACCUAUGCUCGGCUGAGACUGCUCAGAGGACAGGCACUCCAGGUGCAGCAGGGAUUAACUGCAAAUGCGCCGACGAGCCAACCCAAUAAUACCUCAGUUUGA